UUGAAAAAGAAGAUAAAAAGAUGGGAAGGCGUGCUAGAAAAAGGAUGGCUAAGAGAACUGCAGAGGCUUCAGCAAUCCUUGAAAGAAGUGCUCAGAAGAAAAAAAGCAACAAGAAAGAGGAUGAACUUCAAAGUGAUGGAGAAGGUGAUGGAGAAGAUAUCUCUGAAGAUGAGAUGAUGCAGUCCUUAACAGAUGAAGAAAUGAGUAGUGAUGAGGAAUAUUCUGAUGAAGAUGAGGAUGAGGAAUAUUCUGAUGAAGAUGAGGAUGAUGAGACAGAUAGUGAGGAAAAUGAGAACGUACUUAAGGGCAAAAAAGGUUAUUCUGAUGACAACCAGGACUGGCUCAAGCUUGUAAAGAAAAAGAAGCUUCCUGUAGAUGAGGAAGCGGAGGAGGGGGACGAAGAUGAGGAUGAAGAUGUAGACACGGAUGAUGAUUUU